AUGGUUUACAUUGAACAAAACUUUCCACCAGAAUUAAUACUUUUAUAUAAUGAUCGACAUAUUAGUUAUAUACUUGAAGCUAUUCUAUCUAUACUUACAAUUCUAUGGUCGGUUAGAUAUGCUCAUACUAAACAGUGUGAUAGUGAUAAUGUUGAUGAAUCAAUGUUAUAUCUGUUUAUUUACGAUCCAGAUCUAACUGGUAUCAAUGUAAUAAAAUCAUUAUUACUAACAAAAGAUGAUACUGAUGAAAGUGAUAACAUUUCUUCAAGCAAAAAAGAUCAGUUAAUUUGUGAUCUUUACAUAGACAUGAAAGAAUUUAUAUCCAAUUUUAACUACGCCAUUCAUACAAAUAAGAUAAUCUUCAUUAAUGUGGAUCAAUUUCAUAGUUUCAAUGCAAAAGAAAAUACUAACUAUUUAUUAAGAUUUUAUUUUAAUCAAGUCUUCAAUAAAAAUAUAUCCAGUACAAAAAAUAGUCAAAUUGUUUUAUGGACAUCAUUUAGUCAAUAUACUGAAAUUGGAUUUGUAUGUAGACAGAAAUUUUGCCAUGUUGAUUUUAUAUCAAUUGAUUUAGGCUUAUCUCAUUUGGAAUGUGGCAGUGCAUUAACAAGUUGUUUGUUAGAUCUAUUGCCUAACUGUAACAUUCUUAAUUCACUUCAAAAAUUAAGGAUUCAUGAAAUUGAAACUUUUGAAAAGAUUUGUGAAGAUAAAAUUCAACUAUUGAAUAUAUCAAAUGAAUUAACAAAUUACAAAUUAUUCCAUUCUGAUAUAAAUAAUUCAAUGACCAAUACUAAUUCAAUUCAAUUCAAUGUAGAUUGUUUAAAUUUAACAAGACAACAUAUUGAAUUAGUUAAAAUCUUUUCAAGAUUAUCAAGUAACAUGAUGCAUUUAAAUGAAUUACAAUUACAACAUGAACAUUUAAACAAUCAACUUAGUAUAUUUACCAAUCAAAAUAAUACAAAUGGAUGUAUCAUAAAUUUUACACGUAAAAUAUCAUUAUUAUUCAAUAGUAUAGAAGAUAUACAACAUAAAGAUUAUAUUUCAUUUCGUUGGCCAUGUAAACGAUUGUGUGAUUAUAUUCUAUCAAAAUAUGAUCAAGGUUUAUAUUCUUCCCAUUUGGAAAAUGUUAAUGAAAUCAACUCCCCAUCUGAUUUAUUUAUCAGUUAUGAACAUGAAAUACAAGAAAUUGGUCGACGUAUUAUACAUAUGUUAUUGGAAUUCUUUCUCAAUUCUUUAAACACAUGGAACAAUCCAUUAGGAUUAAUAAUAAAAAUAAAAAUUUCAAUAUAUUUUAAUAUACUUCAAUAUUCUAAAUUAACUAUUUAUGAAUUACAUAAUCCAGAUCAGAUAAUUGAAAUUGAACUAUUUAAACAAAUCAUAUUCAGUAAUAUUUUUACAUGUGAAUAUAACUAUCAACAUUGUUUCAACCAAAAUAAAUCAGAGGUUCUUAAACGUAUUCAACUGUUGGAAGAAAAAUUGCCAACUUUAAAAGGUUUAGAAAAAGCAUUAAUGAAUGAGCCACUAAUAUGGACUGAAAUAGUUGAGACAAAGUUGAAUUUCUUUCAUUCAUUGCCUGGAUUCUCUACGAAACUACCAAUACCUGAAUCACAUGUAUUUUUAGUUUGGAUUUCAAUAAGACCUGAACUAUUCCACAUCAUAUCAAAAGUUUUCGUAAAUCAUAUAAUGGCUCAACACAUUACAGUAAAUAAUAAUAAAGAAUAUUCUAGUAGAUCAUUUGAAGCUGAAAAGCAUUUACGUAUCGAUGAAUUGUUUCAACCACAAAUUAUGAAAAGAGUACAAAGGUUUUAUUCGAAUGAGAAUGACUUCUCAUCUUCAGUUAUUUAUUUAAUCCUUCCAAAUGAACUGAAUGAAUUUAAACAUAAGGAUUUCUUUGUUCAUGAUGAAUCUGGAAAAGUAGUUGUUUCAAAUGGAUUAAUAAAUACAUUGAAUAAGAUGGCGAUAUAUUCAAAUAGAACUUUAUUUCCUAUAGACUGUGCAAAUACUACUGAUAUCUCCUACUGGUUAUCAGUAUGUGGAUCCAAUACAAAUAUACUUCCAUAUCAAAGAGUUUUAAUUGUUCUUCAAAAUUUACACAUUAUUCACAAGAGAAUGGAUAUACUAUUAGAUGAAUUAUUACAAUAUGGUCUUUAUAAUUUAAGGUAUAAACAAAUUUAUCAUUUACGGAAUGAAGAAAAGCUUAUAUUAAUUAAUAAACUUGGAAUAUGUUUUGAUAUUAUAAUUGAUUUCACAUGUUGUACAUCCGGAAAACAAAUAGUAUCCGUGUAUAAUAGAUUACCGGGUUGGUUAAGAUUAAAAUGUCUACCAUUGUUAUUCCAAUAUGAGAGUGAUCAGUUAUUAUUUAAUACGAGUUCGUGGAAAGUGACCUCAUUGGAAAAUGUCAAUGACUCUAUAAACGAAGAAAAUUCACAGUUGUGUUUAGAAGAGUCUAAUGGACUAUAUGAGAAAAUUGAAUCUGACAAACUUUACGAAUGUAUAUACAACAAACAAGACAUGGAUAAACGAAAACAAUCGAUAGAUACAAUUUGGGCUACGAUUGAGGAAGAAUUAAUGAUACUUGAAACAACCUUCAAAGAAUUGGAAUCACGUUAUUUAUCAUCAUCAUCAUCAUCAUCAUCAUCGUCGUCAUCAUCAUCAUCAUCAUCGGCAUCGGCAUCAUCAUUGUCCAUUAAAAAUACUUCACCUAUAUUUUUGUUGACAACUCAGUAUUACGCAUAUUUACGGUCUAUAAAAUAUUAUCAUCAUUAUACCAAAAAAUAUCCAUCAAACAAUUACAAAUUAUUUAUAUGGUUAAAACAUCAAUUAUUAAUUGCAAAACACUUUUAUAAAUUAAUGAAUUCAUGGGAUAUAAAGAAAUUAAUUGGUUUAGCAUUACCAGCUUCAAUUAUUGUUAAUCCUAAAUCAUUAUUUGAUUGGAUUCUAUAUUCUACAUUAAAUAAUUCAAUGGAACAAUAUCAUAUAAUAUCUACUAUUCGAAAGCCAGGAGACAAAGAAAUAUUUAAAAAUGGACUAAUUAUGAAUUCUAUUCGUUUAAUAAUUCAUAGAAAUACUAAAAAGCGUAUUCAUAAUCAAACGGAGUAUAAUUUAAGUAGUCUAUUAAAGAUUACUAAAGUAAUUAGUUUACAAUUAACAACUGUACCUAAUGAAAUAUUUAACAAAAUGAAUUAUAUCAAUGCUAAAUGGAUUAAAUCAUGGCCUCCUAAUAAAGAUGAAAUAUGUCCAAAACUACCUAUAUUAUUAACAAAUUAUAAUGAAUUAUCAAAGAUUUACAUUAUAACUGAUUACAAUUUGUAAACUUUUGAUUAGAUAAUAUUAAUAAACCAUUUUUUUAAAAUAUAUUUCCUUACAGUGUGUUUUUAAUUCCUUUCUAGUAUAGUUCUUGGGUAAGAAUAAGUUAAUAGUGUUUAUUUAUGUAGUUUUUUAGUUGAUUCUAUAGAAUAUACAGGACAGAAAAAUGAGAAUGAUUAAUCUCGUACUAUCGACUCACUUCCACAUCCAAAUAAUAUUGAGUCUGACUGAUUACAUAUGGUCAUUCUAAUAAAUACGUGAACUACUGGAUAACAGGUCAAUAUUAAAGAUUAUUGAAACGUGAAAAACCCUCAGGAAACGUAUGACAUCUCCUGUAUUGAAAAUAUCGAAAGCGUAUGGUUUCCUAUGCUUUAUGAUUGACAAUGCACUAUCCAGAUGAUUAUUGAUUAAUCGAAUUUAGAACGAUAAGAUGAUAACAUCGAGAUAACUGACGAAGUCGAUUUCUAGGGACUUCUAUGAAUUUUUCGAACAAUGGGAAAAGAAAUGAGACAAAUUUAUUGCCACAAAUAAAUCAAUCCCCAUUCAAGUUUAUCUGUGCUUCAUGAUUUCGCC